AUGGCUCCAAUUACCACCAAGAACACUCACGCCCCAAAGAAGUUCGUCGUUGACACCUCCGCUCCAGUGGAGAACGCUGUCUUCGACCAGGAGGCUUACGUUAAGUUCUUGAACGAGCGUAUUAAGGUUGACGGUAUCAUCGGUAACUUGGGUGACGCCAUCACCAUCACUGAGGAGGGCAACAAGGUUGUUGUUGUUUCCACCGCUCAGUUCUCUGGUAAGUACUUGAAGUACUUGACAAAGAAGUACUUGAAGAAGAACCAGCUUAGAGACUGGAUCAGAUUCGUCUCUGUCAAGAGAAACCAGUACCAGUUGCAGUUCUACUCCAUCGCUGACGAUGAAGAGGAGGAUGACGAGUAA